UGUAUCAACAAUAUGGCUGCCUUCUGUAAAGGCAGGUACCGGUUUCGAAAGACGGUGUUUGGGCAUAUUUUAAGUCGAAACUUAGCAGGAAAAUAUGACUAUGACCUUGUGGUUGUCGGUGGGGGGUCCGGAGGCUUGGCAUGUUCAAAAGAAGCGGCUCAACUUGGGAAGAGAGUUGCUGUGCUGGAUUAUGUAGAGCCAUCCCCUAAAGGCACAAAGUGGGGUCUGGGUGGUACCUGUGUGAAUGUGGGCUGCAUCCCCAAAAAGCUCAUGCACCAGUCUGCCCUGCUGGGGGGAGCAGUGAAAGAUGCAGCCAAGUAUGGCUGGAGCAUCCCCGACAAGGUGUCCCAUGACUGGACAUCCAUGAGCUCUGCUGUACAGAACCAUGUCAAAUCUUUAAACUGGGGACACCGUGUCCAGUUGCAGGACAAGAAAGUGAAGUAUUUAAACCUGAAAGGUAGACUGAUGGAUGAACAUACCAUUGUAGGAACAAACAGGGCUGGGAAGGAGACAGUUCUGACCGCAGAGAACAUCGUCAUAGCAACUGGAGGGCGGCCAAAGUACCCGGCGCAUAUCCCAGGCGCGAUGGAGCACGGCAUCACGAGCGAUGACAUCUUCUGGAUGAACAAGUCUCCUGGAAAGACGCUUGUCGUUGGUGCCAGCUAUGUGGCCCUGGAGUGUGCUGGUUUUCUGACAGGCAUUGGGCUCGACACCACCAUCAUGGUGCGCAGCAUAGCCCUGCGUGGAUUUGACCAGCAGAUGGCUGGCCUGGUAACGGCCCACAUGGCUUCACAUGGCACCCAGUUCCUGUGGCGCUGCAUCCCCAAGAAAGUGGAGAAGCUGCCAUCGGGGGCCCUACAGGUCACAUGGGCAGACACAAACUCCCAGUGCGAGGAACAGGCCACGUUUGACACCGUAUUGUGGGCUGUAGGGAGAGCCCCUGAAACCAGGAGUCUUAACCUGGAAGGGGUCGGUGUGGCACACAAUAAGGAUACGGGCAAAAUAAUUGUGACUGAGGACGAGGCGACGUCUGUAGAACACAUCUACGCUAUCGGCGACAUUGGGGAGGGCCGUCCUGAGUUAACCCCCACCGCCAUCAAGGCCGGGAGGCUGCUUGCCCGCAGGCUGGCCGGCAUCUCCUCGGAGCUCAUGAACUACCACAACGUGCCUACCACAGUGUUCACCCCUCUGGAGUACGGAUGCGUGGGGCUGUCCGAGGAGGAGGCCGAGAGACGGCAUGGGAAGGACGGUAUCGAGGUGUACCAUGCCUUCUACAAGCCUCUGGAGUUCACAGUAGCUGAAAGAGAUGCCAGUCAGUGUUACAUCAAGGUGGUGUGCAAGCGUGACGGAGACAGGCGCAUCCUGGGCCUGCAUUUCACCGGACCCAGUGCAGGAGAAGUCGUGCAGGGCUUUGCUCUUGGAUUUCAGUGUGGGGCCACCUACUCAGAUCUGCUGGCUACAGUGGGCAUCCACCCGACCUGCGCGGAGGAGCUCACCAAGCUGCACAUAACCAAGCGUUCAGGCCUGGAUGCCACAGUGACAGGUUGCUGAGGUUAAGCCCUGUCCCUGAAACUCUGGGGUGCACAGGAUGCUUGGGACAGCUGGUCACGGGGUCUUGCUCGGCUGUGUCUUCUUCCUGAUCGCCAGCGCUCUUAACACUUGUCCUGUCCCUGUCCACUGUCAGUGAUGAACACUGGCAUCAUUCACCUUCCUUUGUGCUUCCUUCCCAUCCUCUACCUGUGGUUUACACCUCCUGAAAAGUCACGUGAAGGUGAGGGUGGUUUCCGCUUUGCAUUUCCCCAACGAGUGCUGUAUUCAGUGCAGGGGCAGCCAGUGCGUUUCACACGUCCGCAGUCCUGAGCAAAGUAUCACGCACAAAUUAUUAAAUAAACAUAGCACUGAAUCACGAUUAACAGCUGCUGCAGCUUGUUGAAAAUGGAGUACAAAAAUCCCAGCCUAAUGUUUUCUAAAGGUAUUUUCAGCCAAUAUUGUUGUUUCUCCAGCUGUGCUUCCUGCCCAUUAGUCUUGGGGUUGCCACACUCGGCGUCUGUGACACUGAUGAAUGGGAAGGAGUCGUCGCCAGUAACUGCCCUGUUUCUCAUGGACUCAGACCAACAUUGGACGAGCGGGCUGUCACUCAGCAGAGAGUCCAUAGCGGGCAGAGGGUCUGCUUGUUUUGGUAUAGCCUCCUGCUGCUGCUCUAGUACAGUCACAGGGGCCUUGCAAUAACAGCGGCCAGUCCCCGUGGUGCUGCUCCCCAGUAACUCGAUAGAAAUUUGGAUUUCGCUCUGCAACUUGUGGAGAAGGCACUGGUGGGAAUCGUGCACGGUACAGACUUGAGACACCAGGUGGUGCUGUUGCCUACUUUUUAGACACUGUGCAGGAACAUUCAGAUGGACAUAUCUUGGCUUACUGUAAUGUAAACAAUUUGCUGCCUUUUAGAAAUAAAAGUAUUACAGAGUCUAUGUGGAGAUGGGUAUUGGCGCAUCUGAUGAAUGGAAGGAAGGCAUGAUGGCAGAAUGCCAGCGACAGAUUUUGGAGGUAUUAUUUAUCUUCUUUUUGUGCGAGUCAGUGGAUUAAACAUUAUAUGUUGUGUCACAGUGUGCAUCCUAGAGGCCCCCAGAGGAAUGCUGGAAGUUGUGGACAGGGCUGGACAUGGGGGGGAUCGAAAAGGAAAGGAGCCGUUUAUUUGCGUUUGAAGUCUAAUCUGCAGGCACUGAUUAAUGACGCUGGCGAGAGGAGUGACAGCGGCCGGGGAGGGCUCGCCACCAGGUUUAUUUGUACCUGGGGCGGCUGGAGUGGGUGCGGGGAAGGGUGAGCAAGGCCGAGGGAGGGGGGCGCUGGCCUAGCAGAGAUUCCUGUGCGCUCCAUUCAGGGACGAGGUGCUGAUGGAGGAACUCUGACCCCCCCCCAAUAGUCUGUGGUAGGAACAGCUUGACUCCAUCACCCCCUUAGCGAAGUAUGUGCGCACACACAUACACACACGCAAACAGUAAUGGCAGGACUGCGAAGUUCCAGGAACCCACAGCAGGGUGGCGGGACUCUUCCGCUCAAUUGGCCCUGGCUCACAGCACUGGCUUCAGAGGAGGAGGUGACCAAGCACACACUGCUGUGGACUCUUGCUGUUAGCACCCCUGUCUGACAGGUUCUUGCAUCACGUUUGUGUCCCUCGAGGAUUCUUUCGCUUCACAAGCGAAACCGGCGUCCAUAGGAGUGUCCAUGUACGCACAAUUGUCCUCACUUUUGUUAAGCACCUGGAACCAGCCUUUGAUUUGGCUCCAGCCUUCAAUGCUCCUUACACAGUACUGUUGGGGGUCAGAGGUCACCUUCCAGGAGACCAGAUCAUGAUGACUUGUGCUAAAACCCACAGUGGAACGCACAAGUUUGAUCUCACCUGGUAACCGACUUUAUUACUUUAGUCCUAAUGUUAAUUUGAUUUUCAAAGUCUACUGAUUUAUACAGAUUUAUUUAUGUAUAAAAUAAUGAAAAUGUGAAUAAACUGUUGGUAAUGUCAA